UCUCACAAAUCUCUUUACACCGUCGCCGGCGAGGCUCUUCUUUUUCCGAUCUUCAUAUCUCACUUGCUUUCGAGGUGCUUGGAUCAACCUAUUUGUGCCAUGGAAGAUGGAGGAGUUUAUACAGAGCUGUUUUCUUUUCACAAAGAUCAGAUCCCAUGGCUCUGAUCUUGCUCUUAUUGUUGGAAUCGGUGGUCUCGGAUUUUUUUUUUCAAACUAUAAUCAGGGGGAUCCAGCACUAGACGCCAAGAUGCUGCAAAUAUGGGAGACCCGGGGCGCCAAAAACUACAAUGAUGGUAUGAAUUCUGCUAGGAGAAAGGCAGGCAAAAAGGCCAGAAGUCAAUUGAUGCCCUAUGUAGAAAACGACCCUAAUAGAGAUAUGAAUAUGUUGAAGGGCUUCCACCCCAAGUGGCUUGAUCCUCGUAUCUGGUACGAGAUGAUUGAUCGUUGGAACACGCCCCAUUGGAAGGGUGUUGUUUCCAAGAUAGUGCAUGAUAACCAGAUGACCAUAGUGGAAGGUGAUAUAGCCAAACACACCGGCGGAUCGAUCACGUUCGCCCUGCAUGGUUCUCGCCUGACGAAAGCAAAAAAUUGGUGUGCCACCGGCCGCUGUGGAACUCUUUGGCCAUACGUAUAAGAAGAGGUCGAGUACAGAGUCAUCUUCGGGUAACGGGUCACGAGAGGAGUACAUGACUUCGAGGUGUAGUCGGGUUGCGGAAGAAGAAACGGUAGGAUAAAGGCCAAAUCGAUGUUCAAGUUCUCAAACAAAGAAAGCGACCCCUUAGACCUAGACGAUGAUGUUCAAGACGAUGUUGAUCUUAUUUCUAUCGAAGAAACAGGUAUCCUCUUGUUACA